AGAAGCAAAAGCGCACCUCCUCCCUUAUAACUCACCGUUUCCCUAAACACACCGACUCCGAGCCGUCGCGCAUUUCCUUCCCACUUAUAAAACCACUGCCAGAGCCUCUCCUUUCAUAUCAAAACGCAGCCGUUUCAUUCCCGCGAUCGACGAUGUCAGGGCUAGCUUGUAACGCCUGUAACAAAGAGCUCAAGGACGACGCCGAGCAGAGGCUCCAUUACAAGUCCGAAUGGCACCGCUACAACCUCAAGCGCAAGGUGGCUGGGGUUCCUGGAGUGACAGAAGCAUUGUUUCUUGCACGACAAGCUGCGCUUGCUAUGGAGAAGAACGGUGCGAAUGCAACGCCAAUGCUCUACAGCUGUGCGCUCUGUGGGAAAGGGUAUAGGAGUUCCAAGGCUCAUGCUGAGCAUCUGAAAUCGCGAACUCACAUUAUGAAGGCUGCUCAAGGGACCGGUGAUGAGGAAGAAGACAAAGCGAUAGUGAGGCCGCUUCCUAGUCGUGCAAAAGCUCCCGUCAGAAGAGAGGAAAUUGAUGAGGGGAGUGAAGAGAGUGAUGAGAGUGGAGAUGAGUGGGAGGAGGUUGAUCCUGAGGAUGAGUUGGCAAAAUCUUUGACUGGUAUGAAUGUAGAUGGGCAUGCUUCUAAUGAGGAUAUGGAUGAAGAUGAUGAUGAUGACUAUGAGGAGUUGGACCCAUCAUGUUGCUUUAUGUGUGACAAAGAACAUAAGACCUUACAGGGCUGCAUGGUUCACUUGCACAAACAUCAUGGAUUCUUCGUUCCUGACAUUGAGUAUUUGAAGGACCCGAAAGGUUUCCUCACUUAUCUUGGUCUUAAGGUCAAAAGGGAUUUCAUGUGUCUGUACUGCAAUGACAGGUGUCAACCCUUUACCAGCUUGGAAGCAGUUAGGAAGCAUAUGGUGGCGAAAAGCCACUGUAAGGUACACUAUGGAGAUGGUGAUGAAGAAGAAGAAGCAGAGUUGGAAGAUUUCUAUGAUUACAGCAGCAGUUAUGUUGAUGAGGCUGGCAAGCAACUAGUUGUAUCAGGUGAGACUGCCAAUAGUGUCGAACUUGGGAGCGGUGGCGCUGAGCUCAUCAUUACUACAAGAACUGAUCAUGGGAUAUCAAGCAAAGCACUCGGUUCCCGGGAAUUUAUGCGCUAUUAUCGCCAGAAACCACGCCCGUCACCUAACCAUAUGGCCAUCACAGCUGCAGUGGCUGCAAGGUACAAGAGCAUGGGGUUGGCAACUGUGCAGUCAAAGGAACGUAUGGUGCAGAUGAAAGUAUUGAAGGAAAUGAGAAGAUCAGGAGUUGAGGCCAUGCGCAGUAAGAUUGGAAUGAAGAGCAAUGUGAUCCGAAACCUCCCCAGUAACGUUCCAUACUAGUCCUUUCAAGGGUGUGCUAGGCCCAAGGAAGUCUCUUCUGUUCCAUACUUGUCAUUUCUCAGUAAUAUUUAGUAACAGUUUCUACCAGUAAACAUAAUGUAAUAUUUGUCUACCAGUAAACAUCUUUAAAAUAUCUUGGGUUAUGGGUUAUAGUACUUACAAAUUUGAAGUCCUAGCUUUGUGUUCAUGAUCAUUGUUUUUCAGUUUUUCUAUAAAUUUUGUUUAUUUCAGAUUUCAAUACUAGUGCAGCAUUCAUCCUUCCAUAUC